AUGGGCACCGAAGUGACACUAACCCGAAGAACUGAGUUUCAUAGCACAGGACUGUCUGGAUCAGUUAGGAGAAUCGCCAAAACCGAAGGUCUUUUGGGAUUCUACAGGGGAAAUGGAGCAAGUGUGGCAAGGAUUAUUCCUUAUGCAGGUCUUCAUUUUAUGUCCUAUGAGGAAUACCGAAGAUUGACCAUGCAAGCCUUUCCUAAUGUUUGGAAAGGUCCUACCCUUGACCUAAUGGCAGGGUCACUCUCUGGAGGGACGGCUGUGCUUUUUACUUAUCCACUUGACUUAAUUCGGACUAAGUUAGCUUAUCAGAUUGUUAGUCCAACCAAGUUGAAUGUUUCCGGGAUGGUAAAUAAUGAACAAGUUUAUCGAGGGAUCCAUGACUGUCUUUCAAAAACUUAUAAAGGGGGUGGCAUUAGAGGUCUCUAUAGGGGAGUAGCUCCGACACUCUUUGGAAUAUUCCCAUACGCGGGUUUUAAAUUCUACUUCUAUGAGGAAAUGAAGCGCCACGUCCCUGAGGAUUACAAGAAAAGCAUCAUGGCGAAACUGACAUGUGGAUCCGUGGCCGGUUUAUUGGGUCAGACAUUCACAUAUCCUCUUGAAGUUGUCAGGAGGCAAAUGCAGGUUCAAAACCUUGCGGCAUCUGAAGAAGCCGAAUUGAAAGGGACUAUGAGAUCCAUGGUUUUGAUUGCUCAAAAGCAAGGAUGGAAGACCCUGUUUUCAGGGCUGAGUAUCAAUUACAUAAAGGUUGUUCCAUCUGCGGCCAUUGGCUUCACAGUUUAUGAUACUAUGAAAUCAUACUUGAGAGUACCAUCAAGAGAUGAAGUGGACUAACAAAAGAAUCAGUCAACCAUCCUCACAUUAGGAAUAAGCUCCUAACUCCUCCAGGCUUCAAAACUGGCUUCUUCUUCUCAUUAUAUUCACAUUGUUUUCACACAUUACUUUAGCUGCACAUUGCAUUCUUUCGGAUUGUAAAUAGAGAUUAGAGGUUGUUACACACUAUACCAACAAACAAUACCCUGAUUCAGAUCUCAUUGAUUUCAUUGAAGUAGGAAAUAGUU